UAUUUGUUAAUGGAUUCUGACGAUAAUAAAACUCUCCUUAAUAAACAAUCUCUCCCUUCCUCAACUCCGCAUACACCUACAUCUGCUAGUCAAUCCCACCUUCCUCUAACUCCGCAUACACCUGCUAGCCAAUCUCACCCUCCUCCAACUUCGCAUACACCUGCUAGCCAAUCUCACCCUUCUCCAACUUCGCAUACACCUGCUAGCCAAUCUCACCCUCCUCCAACUCCACAUACAUCUACAUCUCCAAAAAAAUCUCAAACUUACGAAGAUUAUUCAUCUGAUGAUCAAUGCUCCAACCUAAGAACUAUACAGCAACGAUUUGAAAUGAGUCAAAAAAAUAAAGAAAAAACAAGGAUCAGAGUAGGAUCGUUGUCAUCAACAAGGUGUUUACCAACAAGAUGUUCACCAUCAAGGCGUUCACCAUCAAGGUACUACUUACUAUUAAGGCACUACUCACCAUCAAGACGUUCACCAUCACCACCAAGAUGUUCACCAUUAUCACCAAGGCAUUUACCAUUAAGGAUUAGCAAUCCCUUUUUGGUGGAUGACCUUCAAAUUACAACAUAUCAAACUUGA